UCAACUCCUCAUCCCCACCACCGAUGCGCUGACGGGGUGCCCCCGAUGCCGAUGCUGACGCCGGCCCGCCGCUGCCCGCCAGCAAGUUGGUCCGCCGGCUCUCUGGACAGGUGCUGCUGCACCAUGCCGUACCAACGACAAAGCUGAUCCUACCUGUGCGGACAAACACACAGUACAUUGGAUCAGGGCACCAGUCCAUCAACAGACACACCUGGCGAUUUGCUUCGCUGCCCUCCCUCGCCAAGGCCCUCUGCAGCUGCGCAAUCUGCUCACGCAGGCUCCUGCAAACAAACAGAUAACACACACAUGGGUCGGCAUCUGUCUUCACCUGAUUGCAUAUUCGUUGCGUACUGUCGCGUGGCCCCUGCGACAUCUGGAGCGACGGCUGCGGGCGAGGGGAGGGCAGAGAGCGCCUCAAACAGGCUCUGGUCCAACGAUGCGACACUCUGCAUCGAUGUCAACAUGUCACGAUGGCUCACGCAGAUCCAGGGAACCAUUGUUC